CAGAAAGAAAGCCGAGCCUCUCCCCGUCUUCCUCCGUCUGGUCUCCAUCCAUCACACGGUUGCCUUCCAUUUUUACUUGCAAUGCCAACGACAACCGGCAUUCGACAAAGACGUUAGGAGCGAGAAACGCAUAUAAUCUAGACUGAGCAAUCCAGAAGGGUGUGUGAGGUUUCGAAAUUUGCGGUCCUUCCAACACAAGUAAACGCAUACUUUUUCCAUUGUUCUUUCUUCCGAUCCCCAAUUUCUUCACUUCGUUUCCUCAGUCUCCACUGUCUCUAUGCUUCUGAAAUCUUCAGUUUCACUUUUUAGGAAAAUGGGGUUGAUAUCGGGGAUUUUUAUGGGUGUGAUCUUCGGGAUCGGGUUGAUGGCCGGCUGGCAACACAUGAUGAAGUAUCGAAGCCGUAAGCGAAUCGCAAAGGCGGUUGAUAUUAAACUUCUCAGUUCCCUUAACAGAGAGGAUCUGAGGAAAAUCUGUGGGGAUAAUUUUCCUGAAUGGAUAUCAUUUCCUGUCUAUGAACAGGUGAAAUGGUUGAACAAGCAGUUAAGCAAAUUAUGGCCAUUUGUUGCUGAGGCAGCAACCCUGGUGAUACGAGAAUCUGUUGAACCUCUCUUGGAACAAUACCGACCUCCGGGAAUCACUUCAUUAAAGUUUAACAAAUUGUCUCUUGGGAAUGUGGCACCCAAGAUUGAAGGUAUUCGUGUUCAGAGCCUUAAGGAAGGUCAAAUCACAAUGGAUAUUGAUUUCCGGUGGGGUGGUGAUCCGAGCAUCAUUUUAGGUGUUGAGGCUGCGCUUGUUGCUUCAAUACCCAUUCAGUUGAAGGAUCUUCAAGUUUUCACUAUUGUUCGUGUCAUCUUCCAACUUGCUGAAGAGAUACCUUGCAUUUCUGCUGUUGUUGUUGCUCUACUUUCUGAGCCAAAACCUAGAAUUGACUAUACUCUGAAAGCUAUUGGUGGAAGCUUGACAGCCAUUCCUGGACUUUCAGAUAUGAUAGAUGAUACCGUGAAUUCAAUUGUCACAGAUAUGCUUCAGUGGCCACAUAGGAUUGUUGUUCCUCUUGGUGGUAUCCCUGUUGAUACAAGUGAAUUAGAGCUUAAACCACAAGGAAAGCUGACUGUCACGGUAGUCAAGGGAAAUGAAUUGAAAAACAUGGAAAUGAUUGGAAAAUCAGAUCCUUAUGCAGUUGUUCACAUUCGGCCACUCUUCAAGGUUAAAACAAAAGUCAUUGACAAUAACCUCAAUCCUGUUUGGAAUCAAACAUUUGAGCUGAUUGCAGAAGACAAAGAGACACAGUCACUUACUGUUGAGGUUUUCGACCAGGACAUUGGGCAAGACAAGAAAUUGGGAAUUGCAAAAUUACCCCUGAUUGAUAUGGAGCCUGAGAAACUAAAGGAGAUUGAGUUGAGACUUCUACCAUCCCUUGAUACGCUCAAAGUAAAAGAUAAAAGGGACCGGGGAAGUGUUACCCUGAAGGUGUUUUACCAUGAAUUUAACAAGGAAGAACAAUUGGCUGCUCUGGAAGAAGAGAAGAGGAUCCUAGAGGAAAGAAAUAAACUGAAAGAAGCGGGAGUAAUAGGAAGCACCAUGGACGCACUUGAUGGAGCCGCCUCACUGGUUGGCUCAGGUGUUGGUUUGGUGGGAACCGGUAUUGCUGGUGGAGUUGGGCUCGUGGGAACAGGUAUUGGUGCUGGAGUUGGCCUUGUGGGAAGCGGAGUUGGUGCAGGGGUUGGGAUGGUAGGAACUGGGCUCGGAGCAGUUGGCAGCGGACUGAGCAAAGCCGGUAGGUUCAUGGGCAGGACCAUCACAGGCCACCACAGCAGGAGAAGUGGAUCAGGUUCCUCCACCCCCGUUAAUAGCGAACAAGAAAAUGGAGGCGUAAAGCCACUCUCAGGCUGAAACUACUAGAAAGGUAUGUUAUUUUGGCCCUCAAUUUGUAGUCUUCAGUCUAUAGUGAUUAAACCCAAAAACGUCAAUCCCCACUGCUAUUCUUUCUGCUAGUUGGGUAAAUUGAUUGCAUAAUUAUUGCUUGUAUUAGGACCCGAACCUGCAGGUUUUACACUUUUGGUAGUGUUAUCACGUGUCUGAAUUUGCAUAUUUUCUGUAGCUGAACACGGAAAAUGUAAUAGUUCCAUACGACACAUGGAUAUAUAUGGUAGUAAAAUUCCUUAGCAAUC